UUUGCCUCACAACGCCAUCGGCCGUUUGUUAGGAAUCCGUGUACACGCCCAUUCUUUAUUUACUAUCACUUAUCAUCCUCACCUGUCGCCCUCCACGCAUCCGUCAUGGCUAUCAUCAUGUAGCCGUCAUCUGAGCUCUAUCAACCCUGACAUGUCCCAGCCCCAACAACCUGCUCCGCUCUCGUCCUCGUCGCCGGCGAAGUCCAAAUCCUCCCUACGACGAAGCAGCGGACAGUCGAAUCCGACUCCAUCGACGACGUUGGCUGCGCGCGGCCUCCUACAUGCGGCCUCUCCGCAACCGCAUUUUGACGAGGACCCCAUCGUAGCCUCCCAUCAGGCUCCAUUCCCACAACGGCUUGAUAUCGAGUCUGGGCAUGAGCACGAGCAUGCCGUCGAGUCCGAACACUAUGGCAUCGGCACUGGCCGCUCGACAACAGACCCCGUCCCGUCCUUUCAGCCUUUCUUCACCUUGAUCGAGGACAGUGUGACCAACGAACACCAUCACCCGACGGUUCACUAUGUCUUUGCCGACGACGACUCGGACAUCAUAGCUGAAGCAGCGUGCCGCAGCCUCGAGAGUCUGGAUCCCUCGCAGCGCGCGGGUUCGAUACACCCAACACGAGCAGGAGCACGAGCAGCGCAGGAUUCUGAUAAUGACACCCACGACGAUGACGACAAUGAUAAUAAUAAUGACGACGACGAUGAGAGACACCACCCUCGCCUGCCGCCGCCUGUUGCUGGCGUUCGCGAACACUACUUAAUUCUUGACGUGCAGCCGCGUGCACAGGUUCAGUCACAGUCUCAGGCAGCACAGUCCCAAUCGCAUUCACACUCACACUCGAGGUCUCACGAUUCCUCCAUCCCCAUCCCGCAAAUGGGGCCAGCGUACGAAGUCGUGUCAGCCCAAAGCCUCAGCGCAGACUGGCAAGUUCUCCGAUCGACCAUCACGGCGGCCCCGACGAUCGGCGGCGAUGGCGGUGCAGGCGCUGCAGACGAAGGCGAGGAUCCUCUCAUGCUCCGCAUCGAAGGACGGGGCAACAUGCCAGACGAUGCUACAGCUGCCGCUGCUGAAAAAGAGACCAUGGAGGAGAUGAUUGAGCGGUUUCAGAGACGUUUGGAGGACAUCAGGCAGGUCAUGGAAGCUAACACGGCCACGACCGGCAGCGCGACCGUGACUGGCGGAGAUGCAGGUAGCGCUACUGCUGCUGCUGCUGCUGGUAUUGGUACCGGUACCGGUCCCGGUGGUGUCAGGUUCAGCGGUCUCGCUGAGGAAGAGUAGAUGCAUUUCCCAGAGGAGGAGGCUUUCACGUCACCAAUGGAGAUGCAAGUAUAAGCGCAAGCGUAUACCAGUACGGGGGAAUAAUGAGAAGCCCGAGGUACCCCCCUCUAUAGAUGACCGUUAUAGCAUGCAUACUAGCAACUGCUUUCUAGUGCACUAAGAGCAUUUGAAAUGUGGUCUCAGCCGCAGUCAAUUUUGGAUAGAUAUUAUUAUGGUUCACAUCAUUCACCUUACUGUACUAUGUUUUUUUCCUUCGCUCCACAGUAGGUGAGGUGCAUCUACCUUGAAGUACCUACCUUACUUCAAGUACUGGACAAGGUAGGUACAUAGGUACCUAGGUCAGGUUUCCAAUUCUAGUGGCGCAAGGCUGGCUAGUGAUGGAUGCCACUCCAAUGCAUACGAUGUGAUUGUGGAAAAGGGGUUGUUGUUUGAUUCGAGCAGAUCUACGGACAAACAAACACGACACUCUUCAAGAAUCAACACCGUUGAUCAAUCCAUCAAGGAUCCCAAUAUUCGAAAAAUGAAUACCUUCAAACAAAACAACUAUCAAUGACUGGCACUCGGCAUGUCCCUCCAUGGAUCCCAAGGUGUAUCGAACAACCUGGUUACCUAUCAUCCUGCUACACAGAAACGCACAAAAAAUACAGUACACCCUCCCAUCACGGAAAUAUACCCCAUGAAACUCCCAUCCUCACUGGCAUCAUUCAGGAGGACUGCUUCUCAACCUCCUCCCACCUCCUGCUGUUCUCCCUCCCACACUCUGGGUGAAACUAGAAUUCUCAACUCCCGCUCCACCCAUGCCCAUAUUCAAAGCAGCAACACUACUCUUCGCCCGACCCAAUUUCAUCGAGACACCAGUAGGCAACUUACUCUCGACAACCGCAUUUGUCGUGGCAUGUCUCUUCAGCGGCGGUUGGCCAGAUCCACCACUGCCGAGACUUUUACUGAAAUCGAGCAGGACGGGCUUUUCUUCGGCCGCCGUAGUUGAACCCAAACCUGAAUCCAACCCUCCUCCAUUCAAACCCGACGCCGAAGCCGACGCCGGUCUCCCAGCGACGACAUUGAUGUCAAUUUCUUUGAGACCGAGUGGCGCUUUCGUUGGAUGGUUGUUGUCAGUCGAGACCGUCGUGGCCGUCAUUGUGUUUUGAGAUUGCAACUUCGACUCAAAUUCCUGCUGCAGAUUUGUAGUAUCCACUGCAUCAGCAAAGACCUUUGUUUUACUCGGACUCGGCUGUUUCAAUUUCGACGGCGAUAGGGGUCCUCCUCCAAAUUUGCGUGGAGAUGAAGUCGAAGUCUGCCCAUUCAAGUUGUCACGUUGUUUGCGAGGUGAACGAUCACCAUCACCACCAUCACCGCCACUUCUCCCUCCUCCUCCUGACGUCGGGAUACUCGUGGAUAUAGGAGGAGUAUUUGCCGCUGGAUCAGCAAGACCCCUUAAUCGGGCGAUGAUAGAGUCAUGCCUCUCAGUCCUUGGCAGAUGGGUAGGAUAAUCCCAUUCCUUCUUUUCCGGCGUCUGUCCUGUCGGACUAUACUCGAUCAAUUUAGCCGUCGACAUCUCUUCCUGCAAGUUUUUCAGGAGUGGUCGCGCAUCAUUAUCCAAAGAGCUUGUCAGACCAUCAAGACCUUCGGUCUGCGAUUUAAAAUCGCCCUCGAAAGUACCCAUAUCUCCGGCACGCGAUUCCAAUUGUUUCUCAAGUUCAUUAAACCCGUCUCGAGCAUUUCCAAUAACCUUCUGCAUUCUCUGAACACGCUCGGUAUGAUGAGACUCGUUCUGCGACCUUGCGCGAGUCACGAACUCGUCGAGGACAGCCAUCUGGGUAGCCAUUUGGGACAAUUGGGCAUCCACUAUCUUGAUCGUUUCCUCGUGAACGGCCUUGGUGGACUUUUGAAUGGCAUUAUUUCGCGCACUGACGGCCUGUUGAAUGAACUUGUUAGCAGGUGAAUUACAACAGUAAAGUUGUUCGCCUUGAGUGCUCAAUCGGCCCAUGCCCUCACGGAACACUCGAUCGGCAUUCUCAAACUGCUCGGUUGCCUCGAGGAGGUGAGACUGGGUGUUAAUCAAUCUGCUGGAGAGAUGCUCUUGUUGACGCUCAUGGGACAAAUCAAUAAACUGCAUGAUCUGUUCUUUAAGCCGCUCUUUCUCCGCGCGGGAUGCCUCCCUCUCUUCAUCCCGAAUGGCCUCAAGUUGUGUCGACGCCUCCAGCUGUGCCUCAAUGUUUGCGCGGUUCGCCUUCUCUAGUGCGGACCGUAAGGCGUCGGCCUCUUCGCGUUGAGCGGCCAAUUGCUUGGUCAUGUCGUCGAACAUGGCUUUGAAAUCCUUUCCAAGACCGCUGUAGGACGAAUGUAACUGGGUGUGGAACUGUUCCAAUUCCGAAAUCACCUCGGCGGAUAUCUUGGCUGCAGCCUGCGACAAGCCAUGCAGGCCUGCGCCGACCUUUUCUUUGAGGUCCUCCCGGAGAUCCUUAAUCUCUUCCAGGACGUCAUUCAUUGCAUCUUUGGCUUCUGCACACUGGGUCUCCAUGACUGCGUGGUCUUGGUUCAGUUCGGUAGCCUUGGAGACCACCAGUCGAGUCGACUUCUGGAGAGCCGCUUUUUCCGAAGACAAAAAUGCCGCCAGCCUAGCCGAGGUCGCUUCAAUCAUUUCUGAAUGUGCGAUUCGAAAUUGCUCAAUGCGCGCAUCCACCAGUUCUGACACAUUCGUGACACGGCCGACUGACGUGUCCCAAACGUUGCGAUUUUGAGAGUGUAGUUGAGAACGGCGUCGUAACUUCGCAUGCAGCCCAUCAACAUCGUUCAAAGAUGCGCCAAGAGUGGAAAUCAGUUUCGUGCCGAUGCCGUACAGGUGUUCUUCGGUUGCUUCGUGUGCUUGUCGCAGCGCUGCCUCUUCCUCCAGGUGUGCCUUCGUCUCCGCGAGGACAGCUUCUGUUUUCACCAAAACGUCUUUGGUACUUUCCAGAAUUGCUCGGGUGGCCUCGUUGUCCCGUUUCAUAAUGGUGAAAUUGUUUGUUAAACUGAACAACUCCUGGACUUUAUUUCGAAGACUGAUUUCCAGAGUCUCAAUUCGUGCCCUUUGCUCUUCACUCAGG